AUGAACUCUGAUGGAGCUCAAUCGACUUCUGAAGCGUCUCCGGACUUUGAGUGCACGAUGGCUGAAGCCAACGCUUCAGAAGAUGGGUGGAUACACGAUCCUUCAGCGUGGUAAUACAAUUUGAAUAUUUUUUAAAUUGAAAUCUAAAACAUGAAAUUUUUCUUUAAAAACAGUAUUCCAAAUUACUGUAUCUAUAUUAUUUUUCAGGGACUACUUUUGUUCACUGUUAACAUCCCUUUACGCCAUGUUCAUCAUCGUAUUUGCCGUCGUAAUGGAGCUCUCUCAGAAGUUCACUUCAGAUGAAUGGUUUAUGGAGAUGGUAAGAGUUUUAACAAGACUACAGUACCCUUUUUAGUUGUUUUACAGUUACAUGUACGGAGCGGGUAUUACAUUCUUACUGUAUUGUUAUUUAUUCCAAAUGCAUCCAGCUUGGCUCAACAACUUGAUGAAGAUGGCAGAGCGGAGAAAGUGGAUUCAGGGUGGUACUGUGAGUUUGGGUUACAGUAACAUUAUUUUUAAAUUGUUUUUUUUAAUUGUUUUUGUUGGCAUUUUAUUGUUGUUUAAGGAAGUACAACAAACUACGCAUUCAAGCGACGGAGCUGGAUCUCUGUACCUUCGACUUGGUACUCUUUGUAAGUUUAUUAAAAGUAUACUGUACUUUAUGAGAAGUCAAGGGUUUUUAUCAGAAUAUAUUUACAUAUGUCUUACUUACCCCUAGCUUUACCGAAAUUUAUAGAAACGUUUAAAUGUAUACUUUAACAUUAUAUUAUUUUAGGUUUUGGCAGUAGUGGAAUAGUGUUGUUUUGCCUAGAGUUCUUCGUAUGCAUAUCAGAUCACUUAUGUUUUACAUAUCGCCUUAUCAAUUGGGUAUACGCAGCUGCUUUUACUUUCAUUCAGAUGCAUUUCAUCUUCUGCAAUUCGAAGGUAUGUUAUCCAUGACGAUAUCAACCUUGUAGAUCAUAAUUACAGAAUCCAAGAAUCUGGCCAAGUUGGGUACGAUGCACUUACUGGCUGUAAACGUGUGGACAUGGUUGAGGUUUGUGAUAGCAAAACACGAUGGAAAGUCAGUUUAUGUGGAACAUAUACUGAAUAGGACGGAUUCGUUAGUACUGCCGAGGGUAGAAGAGGUACGGUUUUGAAAAAUAAAUAAGAACAUCGUAUUGGAAAUGAUAGUACUAUUACUUACAAUAGAAGUUAUAGAAAUGAAAGUAGCUAUUACAGUACGAAAGACACUAUUGCUCUAAUCAAAGGUAUUAUUCCAGAACUACACAAUACCGACAGACGAGAUCUUGGCUAUAAGAAUAUACUCAUUUUACUACUUUGGUGACUUUGCCACAUUACUGACGACAUGUAUAGUAGAGUACUCCGUAAUUGGAGCUGCUAUAAUGUUUGUGUUAUGGAGAUCGAUUGACGACCACUGUACUAUGCCAAUUUAUCGACCGAAACGUAAAAACAAAGUCAGAAUUGAUUGCAGGUAAGGGUUUGUUAACUGUGUUCACUUUACCGUAAUUACUUUUAUAUACUUCUGUUGUUGGUUUAAGCAGAUUUAUUGUGAUUUAGCUGCUAGUAUAAGCUUUACCAUCGUUAUUUUCAGUGGUGUUUUGAAGUUUAGUCUUGAUAACGUUAGGAUACUUGAUAAAAUUACAUUUUAGCGCAUCGUCGGCUGGACUGUUUGCUGGAGUGUUAUUCUUGAUUUGUGCCUUGGUUUCUAUCGGGAUAUACACCAUCUUCAGUCAACAUAGUGACGAUCGUGGCGCGCUACUGGUGUUUAGAUUAUCAGAUUUUGCCCUUUUUUGCUUUACAUUAGUAGGAUGCAUUAUUGGACUGUAUCGGUAGGUUAUAUCUCUUACGGUAAACUAUGAUCUACUCGCAAAUACAGUAUGAUUCUUACAUAAUUUCAGAAUGAGAUUUCUGAAUUACCAAAGUCUUCAAAUUAUGACGAACGCCGAGUUCCUCGACGAGAUUCUGCUGAUAAUCGGCCUUCUGGGGGAGCUGAUCCAUUCGAGUACGGGUCUGAUGUGCUGGAUAACAACUCAAUCCGAGUGGGGUCAGAACAAGAUGGAGACCUACAUGCUGGUGGUGUUCGUCGUGCGAGAGGUCCAAGUCAUCGUACAAGCCGUGUUUAUUUUGGUAUCUUCACGGUAAGUGUUUUUACAGACGAGAUUCCAUCUUAUCUUCACCAUCUGUAUACAAGUUGUUGUCUUUAGUUGAUUUUACGUCACAACAAUUCUAUUUUUGUUGUCAUAAAUGUCUGGAUAUUAGGGUAUCAAGGUUUAUUGUGAUAAUAGUCUGGAUUUUGUAGUAUUUUAGCUUUUUUGCCAUAAGUUUUAGAUUUUAAGGUGUCAAAGAUCCUUUUCCAUCAUAUCCAAUUUUGUUACAGUAGUAUCAUAAUUUUCAGCCUGCGAGCCCAAAGCCCCAAGGCGAUUGCCCAAAAGCCUGGGAAACAAUUUGUGACAUUCUUAUUGAUCGCCAAUGUGUCGCUAUUCUUCUUCCAUACCUUAGAAGGUAUGAAAUCAGUCUUCGGAGAUGCGAUAGCAUCAAGAAGAACCAAGCCUUAUGCUACGUUAAUAUGUGCAGUUGCUCCGUUGGUCGUGUUCUACCGUUUCCACUCAAGUGUUUGUUUGGCCGAGAUCUGGAAGCAUUGUUACAACACCAAGAACAAUCCUCGGUCUUUGAAGUCACCAGCGUCUUCUAGCUCCGUGGCUACAAGAACAUCGUCGAUAAGGGAGCAGGGCUUGUUUUGA